AUGCCAUCCUCUAAACCCACAAUCCUCCUCCUUGGCACAUGCGACACCAAGCUCUCCGAGCUCCUGUACACAAAAUCGCAACUCGAGUCACAGAAAAGCCAUGUCCUCCUCAUGGACGUCGGCCAUACCCCAACCUCACACCCAGAAAUAGAUAUCACACAACACGACAUCUUGAAUCCAGAACUCGCUCGAAAAUCCUCACCAAAUUCUGUAAACAUAAACAUACCCGAUGCCAGCGAAAUCAGCUCUCUCUCCCGAGAAUCAUACAUCAAAACACUCACCCCACAUGCCGUGCGCAUGGUAACUACCCUCACACCAUCUUUACACGGAGUGCUGGGCAUAGGCGGCUCAUGCGGCACGGCGCUCGCAGCAGCAGUCAUGCGCGACGCAGUACCAAUCGGCUUCCCCAAGCUACUCGUAUCCACAAUGGCAUCCGGGGAUGUAGCGCCAUACAUCGGGGAAACGGACAUUGCGAUGAUGUACUCUGUCGUUGACAUUGCAGGGCGAAACCGGGUUUUGGACAAAGUCCUGGGAAACGCGGCGGCUGCUAUCGUGGGCAUGGGGUGGGGGUACCUCACUCGAUGCAAGGCCGCAGAGGGGAGUGCGGGCAAGGUGCGUAUUGGCAUUACGAUGUUUGGGGUUACGACGCCGGCUGCUACGAUGGCGAAGGAGCACCUGGAACUUUUGUUUCCUGGGACCUGCGAGAUAUAUACGUUCCACGCGACUGGGUCUGGUGGACGGGCGAUGGAGAGGCUUAUCGCUGAGGGCCAGCUGGAUGCUGUGCUUGAUUUGACGACUACUGAGAUCGCGGAUGAGGUUGUUGGCGGGGUUUUGAGUGCUGGGCCUGGAAGAAUUCGCGCGGCGACGGCAAGGAAUAUACCGCGGGUUCUGAGUACUGGGGCGUGCGAUAUGGUCAAUUUUGGGACGGCUGAGAGUGUUCCGGCUUGCUUUAGGGGUGGGGAUUCGGGGGUUGGGCGCGUUUUGCAUUCGCAUAAUCCUACUGUUACGCUGAUGAGAACUACGAAGGCGGAAUGUGAGAGGAUUGCGAAGUUGAUUGCGAAGAAUCUCCUUGGUGAUGCUAGCAAUGGAAGCAAGGGUGGCCAUCAUGGUUCUGCAAGGACGAAGGUCGUCUUUCCGGUUGGUGGACUCAGUCUACUCGAUGUUCCAGACCAACCGUUUUGGGACCCCGAGGCGGACGAGGCUCUUUUUUCCACGCUGGAGGAUGAGUUAAAGGGAAGCGGUAUUGAGGUGACUCGGGAUAGGCGCGAUAUCAAUGACCCGGGAUUUGCAAUUACGGUGGCUGAGAUGCUACACGGUUUGAUCGAGGAAAGCGGUAUGCUAGGAUUGUGA